UGAUCAUUUGAGCCAGAUAUAUCCAUGCACAUGUUUUAAUAGGAAAUACCAGUAACACCCAACAACACCUACUUCCUCCUCCGGAAUUGUGAUUCUUGACCACAAAGUGGCAGAUUUGACACAUCUCGGUCCCCAACCUCACCUCGCUCCUUCCUUGCAUAUGCAAGCGGCAACGACAGGUUCGCAGAGCCCUAGAAAAGAUUAGAUCCCCAUCUCCCACUGCCCAUGCAGCAGUAAAUCAAGGCAGGUGAAAAAAGGCAUGUGAGCCGAGAGAGAAACAGGAAAGAAGACGGAAAAAAAAAGAAAGAAAGAAGCCGCUGGGGCUGUGCUGACGGCUGGCGCUACGGGCAGCCGUCUGCACCAGUAUCCAGCCGCGAAAAAAAUCAGAAGAUCCGAGACGGAGUUCGACGAGGGGAGGCGCGACAAAGAAAUAUCCAACGGAAAGAGCUUCUCCUGUUGCUUCGGUAGCUAGGAAGCGGUUGUUCUUCACGGAGACAACCAAAAGAAAAGGAUAGGGAGAUUUGGUUAGUUGCCAAAUUAAGGUCGGUUUCGUGUUUAUGCUUGUAAGCUGCUGAGAUGGAGGAUCUGAAUAAGUUUUAUGCUUCUUUCUGGAAGCAGUCUAGCAGUUCACUUAGUAGCCUGCACUCUGUUCAUGAGCAUAAGCUGAUGAACUUGGGUUCGAAGCGCAAUCAAACCCAAGAAGUUUCCACCAACUACAAUAAACGUAAAUCGUUGUCCGGAAUUGUGGAACUGAGUUCAGAUGUUAGGAGUUCAAUCCGGAGGAAAUCUGAUGCUUAUCGCGAAGUGAUUGACUUGGAGAAGCCAUCGGUUUAUGGUGAUGCCGUGGAAGCUAUCGGUUGCUCUGGCCUUGGCAACCUUGCCAACCAAAAUGGCAAGUCUCAGGAUGUUUCUCCACAGAACAACUCACUUGCAGAGUCUCUUCAGUUGUGUAGAGACUGGAAGACAUCGCGCGUAAGUGUUGGUUCAGUUGGAUCUAGUCACACUCCGGAUUGCCAGUCCCCUACCAAAACAAGUAACAAUGAAGCAAGACAAUCACUAUUUGACCUGAAUGUUCCUCCAGAAGAAAGCCUUCUUAUGCCUUCUACUCUAUUUCCUUCUUCCUCAACGUAUUGUGGAAAUUUUUCAGACAGACCUAGAGAAACUUCUGAAAAAGAACGUGUCUCUGGUAUUGGAUCAACGAAAGGAUCUUCCAUCACGGUGAUCACGCCCGACUCAGCUGCAGACAGUUCAAGGGAUGUGGUAACUGAAUCGUCAGUCCAACAGAAGUUCCCUUUUGACCUUAACGUGUCACCUGAAAACACCAACAUGCCAUCAGAAAUCAACGAUUAUAGAGAUAAGGUUGUAAAUAAUGGUGUAAGUAAAGGAACAGCACCCGAUCAUUCUUUCUCCACGAAAAAUGGCCUGCUUGCAGAAACGUCCACCAAACAUGUGGUUCUUGGACAUGAUAGUGUAUUGGCACACAAGCAGGAUGACAGUCACGUGCUUCUCACAGUCCCGACAGCUAAUGGUAUCGAUAAAGCUCACUCGCCACAGCCUGGAACCAUUAACAAGGAGUUUUUAGACCCUGGAUCUCCUCUUCUUGAUAACAAUUUCCAUCCAAGACUUGGGACAUCCCACAAUGGAGCAUCAGAUAUUCAGGAGUUAAGCAUGCUUCAAUGUAAGGUCGACGAUGGUGGCACCACAGCUGAUACUGCAGCUAGAACCCUUCUUUCCAUGUUUCAGCAUAGUUCUGAAUGUGUUGCUCAUCGCCCUGGAAGCAGCAACCAGACAGCAGCUCAGAAGGUGGACGACGAGCCUCAGCCUUCGUUGGACUCGUUCGAGAAAACCGUGUUGGAUUCAGAGGAGGCCAAAGAUGACGGGCAAUCCGUCACCGUGACCCCACCUUUCAAGGAAGGGCCAGCAUGUCGGAUCAAGCUAAAGAGAGGGAGGGGCAUGAGAAAUUUCCAGAGGGAGAUAGUUCCUGGGCUCCUUCUAGGGAGGCAGGAGAUAUGCGAGGACCUGAAAGCUAUAGGUUACGAGGCAAAGAAGGCUCGGUCUAGGAAACCUCGCAAGGGUCCAGGUGCGUCUUCGGCUCGACCCAGGCCGCGCAAGCGUGGAGCUGCCAAGCACUGACCAGGAGCAUCUGUGCGUUCCGUGGCAGGGCGCCAUGGGGCAGGCGAGAUCCAGAAGAAUCGUUCUAACCAUGUGAAUAUUCAUUCGUGUGUAUCAAGCCUAGUUUCAAACACUCGGUUUGCUAGCUAGUGGAUAUUUAGACCCUAUUUGUUUUGCUCUCCUAGAUUAUAUAAGUAGAUUAUAUAAGUUCGAUUAUGGUGGAAAGUUAUGAGAGUAAAUUAUUAUUUUGAUAUCACAAAUAAACUGAAAUAAGGUACCCCAGUACUAGUUUA